GGCAAUAGUAACAUCUUUUGAAACGCCAUUUUUUACGUUACGAGUAACACGAGAAUUUGUGAUUUGUUGAUUAAUUUAGAUUAAUAAUCCAACUGCGUCAAUAACUACCUAUUACAUUGCAUAAAUUGUAAUCGGAUGUGUGUACUAACUAUUUAAUUGAGAGUUACAAAGAUCAAUAUCAAGGCUUUCAAAAUGAGUGAUUCACCUGACCAACCUGAGCCUCCAAAGGAUCCGAAAGAGUUGGAGAAAUUAGAAGAAGCCAAGCUAAAGGCAAAGUUCCCCAAUGCUAUGUUAGGAAGAGGCCCUGGGGGACACUCUGCUUUUCUACAGAAGAGGCUAGCAAAGGGGCAAAAGUUCUUUGACUCUGGUGAUUAUCAAAUGGCAAAGCAGCGGCCGAGCAACCUGUCGGCGCCUUUCAAGGCCCCCGCGGCGCCGGCCAAGCUGCCCACCGGCGACGCCAUCCCCACGCCCGAGACCGUGCCUCUGCGCAAGACGUCCAUCAUUCAGCCCAAGUUCCAGGCGCCCAGCCAGACCUCCUAGCCCACUGUUCCUGCCGUUGACAUCAGGCCGUGUCAAUAAAUAAUAUUCCAGAGGGCCUUCACAGUGUCGCCUUCUACAAUCAUUAGCCUUUUCCUAAUUAAAUGUAUGACUUGACAUUUUUACAUCACAAUAAUUAUCCAAUCUUGUGCAUUUCAUAUAGUUAUAGAGAUAAUGAUUGUAGUAGGUUUUAGUUUUUGGGGCAUAUUUUUAUUUUGCUAGUAACGCGUCGCACUUACGCAUCGCUUUUAUUUUUAUGGAUGUUAACUUACAAUAUAGUUGCAUUAUUUUAUUUCUCAUCACGUAACAUUUUUUCCUAGCACCUCAAUGGUAUUGACAUUGUCAUUCGUAAUUAGUCUGUGUUAAAAUUUAAAGAAAACUUUUAUAAGAAGAACUGUUAUAUUGAUGUAUAAUAUUAGGUUAUAGUGGUUGUGUAUCGGGGAUGCGUUUUGCGUGUGCAUUAUGUCCAUAUAAUGUUAUCGUCGUAUAUAGCCGUACUAUAUCAUUAGCCCUAGGCAGUAGGUCUCGACCAGCAUGCUCUAUGGAAAAUUACGAUAGUAAAAAAAGCAUUAAGAAUAGCCUGUCUUUUAAAAUAGUUUGUGUGCUGUUUACUCUGUAAGCAAUAUUCGCUGCGAGUAGCAUAAAUUAGCACUUAAUAGAGUGUAGACUACUCUUGUACUUGCUAAUUAGAUGAAGGCCACGCAAUAUUUUAAAUAGCAGUCACAUUCUGCAUAAACCAGUGUUAUAAUAAUAUAAGAUCACAGCACCCCUAAAGGGGUUUUCAAGGACUUGUUAUGGCAUUGUUGUUAGAAAAAUAAUAUUCUCAAAUAAAAAUACCAGUAAUUGUUCUAAAACUUAAUGUUUCGUUGAUUGUAUCAAGCAUAUUCCAUAAUCAUGCCCAUUUCUUACUAAUUAGUCACUUGUAUCUCUAAUGAUGUACAUAGUAUAUGUCAGAUAACAUGUCGGGGAAAUAUAUAAGGGUAACAUCCAUGUUAUAGUUUAGAAAUAAACAUUUAAUCAUGGUGUAUCGAUGUAUUUACGUAAUAUAAUAUCCCAUAACGUAACUUUUCAAUGUGAUGGCAGUAGAGACCCUGUACAUAUGCCAUAGUACUGAGUAAAUAAGUGGAAAAGUACAUGAAUAAGGAUUUAAAUUAAGGCAUUGGAGUUUAGUUCUGCUCUCUAGUGCGCUAACCACGAACAAGAGCAUAGAAGCCAUUUGUGCAAGGGUUUUAUUUUUAUAAAUGUGUAGCUCAUUUGUGCAAAUUUUAUAUUUAUAAUGUUCAGUACAUUGAAGAAGCUUAGAAGUAAUAUCUAACAGAAUCCGUGUUAUUGAUUUAUUACUAAGCUUUUGUAGUGUACCAACUAUUACGAUUUAAUGCAAAUAGUUAUAUCCACGUAAUAUCGAUGUUCGUCUAUAAAAUAGCAUAUAAAGCAGUCUUAUUGCGUGUCAAUAGCCAGGACGUACAAACCACGAAAA